AUGGGCUCCAACAAGACGCGCGACUCGGUAGCCGGCCCCGACGCAGGCCCGGAACCUCCUUAUCCCGUGCGAUUGUCAGGGCCAGUGAUUAAAGGAUUUGGCCGUGGUAGCAAAGAUCUCGGAAUCCCCACCGCCAAUAUCCCCGCCGAUGACCUGUCCGAAAAACACCCAGAGCUGACAACCGGUGUCUACUACGGCGUUGUAGCUCUCGACCCGAAAACAUACCAACAUGACUCAUCCGAAGGCAGCACAUCUACUGCGGUGGUUUUGCCUGCUGUGUUGAGUAUCGGAUAUAACCCUUUCUAUAAGAACACUGUACGAUCUGUGGAAAUCCACAUCAUGCCACCUCUUACGGAACCAUCGCCCACUGCUGCGGGACAGGAGGGUCAGACUAAGUUCAACCGCUUGCCGGAUUUCUAUAAAACGCGACUCAACCUGCUCAUUCUGGGUUAUAUCCGGCCUGAAUUUGAUUAUGUCUCGCUAGAGGCCUUGGUGGAGGAUAUUCGGGUAGACUGUGAGGUUGCGCGGGCUAGUCUGUUACGCGAGGCCUACAAAUGCUAUCUUGUUGACAGUGGUAAAGCACCUGGAAAAGUCAGCGAGGAUCGUGGGUGGUUGGUGAACUUUGAAUGA